AUGGCGAAGCAGAAGGCCGUUGGCCUCAUCUACGGUGACUGGGAUGAGUCAUACAGCGAGAUACCUAGGUGGGUGUUGGGUGUCCAGCUGACGAUGCCUGGUACUGUUGCGGUCCUCAGGACGAGCCCGGUUCGAGUUGGAGGACAGGACGGGAACUCCAACAUUCUACCUGUCGCAUUCGCACUAGUAGAGGGUGAGAAUGCGGAGUCCUGGACAUUCUUUCUCUCGAACCUUCGGCAGCACGUGACCCCGCAGCCCGGUCUGCUGGUUAUAUCGGAUAGGCACAACGGCAUCAAGUCUGCGCUUGAGGCCCCGGACGGAGGUUGGUUACCGCCAUCUGCGUACCGUGCAUUCUGCAUACGACACGUAGCGGCUAAUUUCGCCCUUACCUUCAAGGGCAAAGACGCUAGGAGGCUUCUCCAUCGCGAUGAGGGGAGGAGAUUCGGUCACAUGACAACGAAUAUCUCCGAGUGUGUGAACUCAAUCCUCAAGGGUGUAAGAAAUCUUCCUGUAGCAUCCCUGGUGAAGGCAACAUAUGGUAGGCUGGCCGAACUCUUUGUUCGCAAGGGGCGAGAGGCUGAGGCCCAGGUGGGCACCGGACAGCAGUUCAGUCAGUAUUUGGUGAAGUGUAUUGAGGCCAACUUGAAGACGGCCAGGUGCUUCACGGUGACGUUGUAUGACCGUGAUAACUCCGAGUUCACCGUAGCGGAGACCACUCCGACUGGUACUUUCUCAUUGGGUACUUACCGAGUAUCGCUUGCCUCCCGGACAUGUGACUGUGGGUACUUUCAGGCGCUUCAUUUCCCGUGUCAGCACGCACUUGCAUGCUGUGCCUACGCACGUGUCAGCUGGAGCUUCUAUGUUCAUAGCGUCUAUCAGAUUACCUCGGUGUUCAAUGUCUAUCGGAUGGGAUUCACACCUCUAAUCCCGGAGGGCUUCUGGCCACCUUACGAUGGGCCCACCGUGAUUCCGGACCCAAACAGAAGGCGUGCGAGAGAGGGGAGGCCUAGAUCCACAAGGAUACGGACAAAUAUGGAUGAGGCAGAUCCGAACAGGCCAAAACGGUGUGGCCUUUGUCGCCAACCCGAACACACUAGACGUAGCUGCCCACAGGUAGUAGGAUCGUCUCAAACAGGGCGAAAUUAG